UCUGAGCAUAAGGUUCGCUUGGAUUGCGGAAGUAUUUUCAGCUGAUUUAUUCAGUUUAACAGCCAUGACGAUAAUACACCAAGAGAGUAUUAUCUUUAUUUCACCCGGUGUAAGGUAAAUUUCACCAUUGAAUCACGAUUACCUCUACUAUUUGUUGUAUGUUAAUGGAAAUUCAAUGGAUAUCUGAAUUCAUGUCAAUUAACGACAAGAAUUAUCUCCGUCGUUCUUACGAUUCGUAUAGCGUUGCGUCGAUUACAUGAAACAUAAAAAGCAGCGGAGGAACUUUAGUUGAGUUUCGCAAUGAACCAAGUUAAUAGCACAACUGCUACGCAGUCGCAUUCCGGGACUGUGACAAAUACGCGCAAUAAGGAUGGUAACAUCGAUCCGGAUGACGACGACGAAGAUGGCGAUAAUCUGGCAAACGACAGUCCUAGUCUCUUGGCGACCGAACUUAAGUCCGCACCGGUAAGAUCCAGGCUUCUUACGGUCGAUUCGGACAAUUAUAUGCUGCGUCAAGGUCCCAGGGACCAUCAGCUAGGUAGCGAUACAAUCAUUGAGAAUGGUGGCAACCUAAAAAUAACUUCACGAAUGUUCGGCAACACAAACGGUGAGAAUGUAAUCGGUAAACCGAUACGAUCCCUUGGAUAUGCCAAUCUCAAGCUGUCUCCGACCAUUAGAAACCCACGAAUUGAGUCAGAGACCUUGCCAACCUACGACGUCCAGGCGUGUUAUGCCGCGACGUGUUUUAAUACCGGAGAGGGCGAUAAAGAUGAUUCGGCAAAUACUGUUACUAACACAGCAACCCAGUUCAAUAGUCAUAACGAUGAAAUCCCGUAUGUCCUACCUGGUUCAGGUCGAGUCAGCUGUGCUCGUCCUCUGUCCUUUCACCGUGUUGUAUGCUGGUGCGGUAGUUUAGAGGAUCUAUCGAAAGCGCAAUGCCGAAAAAUGGACAAUGAAGAAUCAGAUGCGUCUGUGAAAGGCGCGAGGACGUUGGAGUAUCCUAGUGCUAGUAAUAACAGUAAUAGUAGCGUUAAAGGUAGCGAUGCAGUGCGUAAUCACACUUCGAUUAAUAACAGUUGCAAUAAAAUGGGACUACUCAAGGUAUCCGCUAAUGUGACAAAUCUUUGUUGUUGUAUGUGCGGUUCUUUGUGCCCAACAGAGUGCCACGCAUGUUUUCACCUUGUCUGCGCCGAGUACAACGAACAACAUUUAUGUCAAUGGAUAGACAAGGAUCCGGCACAUUCCGGCACUACGUACGAUAAAGAAAAGCCGGUCAGCGAGUGGACUGCCUCAAAUGUGGUCGAAUGGAUGUCAGCCUUGAACCUUUAUCGUUACGCAGACGUCUUCAAGUCCAAGGAUAUCAAAGGGAGUGACUUGUUCAACUUGGACCGGGAGAAGCUUGUGAAUAUGGGAAUAAAGGAUGAGUUUCACCAGAAGAAUAUAUUGCUGUGUAUCGAAGAAUUAUGUCAUUCUGUACCACAAAAUUCAACACCAACUGCUAAUAUACAACAAACGACACCUGGAGAGACGGCCCAGAAUACCCCUGGUUCGACAUCACCCUCAACGAUAACACAGAGCGGCAUUCGUCAUUCGCUCGUACCCCGUAGCUUCAGUGUUCUCGAAAGAUGUGUCAAAUGUAACAAGUAUCUGCGCGGGUUGCUGCAUCAAGGUUUCUUUUGUCAAGCGUGUGGACUGGUCGCUCACAGAACAUGUUCUGCUACUGGUUUACCAUCCGAUUGCCUACCACCGGAUGGAGAUACCCACCGUACCAACUUCAAUGCAGUCUUUGGUCUAGCAUUGUGCUCCCAAUUUGACACAACGACGCACACAGCGCCGAUCUUGGUUGAAAGGUGCACCCAUGUACUCGAGGAUCAUGCUUUAACUGACAAUACUCUGGAUUUGUACAAAGUUUAUCAAAGUACACCUCCCAAUGAGCAAAUGCUUGAACUUCGCCAAAAGAUAAUCGAUGAUGUGAGUAAUGUAGAUCUCUCAAACUACAGUCCUCAAUGCAUCGCAAGUUCACUUAAGAAAUUUUUGCGAGAACUACCAGAUCCUGUAAUACCCGUCCAGUGGUAUGAUACUUUUUUAGAAGCUUCCAAACUUCGUAAUGACGAACAGUGUACCAAGUGCCUUUUCAAAUUAGUCGAUGAACUUCCGGAACAUCAUAAAAGCACACUUCGUCAUCUAAUGCUACAUUUCUGCCGUAUAUGUCGAUUACAACAUGCUCGCGGCUACAGAGAACCACCGACAAUUCUUAUUCAAGUUCUUUGUCACAUAUUUCUACGUCCGCCAUGGGAGCGCAUAAUUCAAGUCGUUCAUAAUACGGAGGCCCACAUUCGCAUUAUGGAGUUAUUGUUGCUUCGCGGGGACUGGGGUGAUAAACUACCAGAAUUCGCAAGCGCACCCCAGUUACCUCCCCGCAAGGUAUCAAGGCCACAGUUUCCCGUCGUCGAUCAAUUUUCUACUGUUACGACGAGUGACGACGAUUGCUGUACAAUCGGUAAUGAGAAGUCGACGACAGAUAGUAAUGGCAAAGAUCAGGUACAGCAGCAUCAGCAACAGCAGCAGCAUCGGCCUCGCAAUCUCCAGGAAGCCGAAUGGUACUGGGGCGAUAUAACCAGAGAUGAAGUCAACGAACGACUGACCGAUUCGCCGGACGGCACAUUUUUAGUACGUAACGCCUCGUCAAAGGAUGGGGAAUACACGCUCACAUUGCGGAAGGGUGGUGCAAACAAGCUCAUUAAGAUUUGUCACCGCAACGGCAAAUAUGGUUUCUCGGAGCCUUUUAAUUUUCAAUCGGUAGUCGAAUUAGUCGACCAUUAUCGAAACUGCUCUUUAGCUCAAUACAACUCGACAUUGGACAUUAAACUUCUCUACCCUGUAUCGAGGUUUCAACAGGACGACGACAUUGGCGGCAUGACGGACAUGAAGAAUGUGAUCCAAAAAUUUAUCGAACUGGAUAGGGAGUUGAACAAUGCGAUGAAGCAGUAUGACGAUUGCUCAGAAUUAUAUUUACGGACGUCACAUGAAGUGCAACUCAAACGACAGGCUCUAGAUGCGUUCACGGAAGCCAUCAAAAUGUUCGAGGAUCAAAUGAGGCUACAGGAAAGAUUUCAAAAGGAAGCUCAACCCCAUGAAAUCAUGACCCUCACUACAAACGCCGAGGUAUUGAAGCAGCGGCUGAUAUCUUUGGAAGAAAGCAAAGAGCAACUGGAUGAUAGCUUGAAGCAACAAAUUGCAUACCAUAGAACUCUGGAGCGUGAGAUGCACCAACUGAAACCAGAAGUAAUUCAACUCAGCCGGCAGAAGGAUAAACAUCAACUAUGGUUAAAGAAGAACGGUAUGAAACAGCAACGAAUCAAUCAGCUGGCAUCUAACCAUUCGUUGGCAAAUACAGCCGUCGUCGCAGAUUUACAAGAGUCCGACUUGGAGGUGCACGCUGAUGAAAAAACGUGGUUGUUUCUUGAAGUGACGCGAACCGAUGCCGAUCGGUUCUUGGCUGGUAAACCGGAUGGGACGUUUCUUGUUCGACGAUCCACCACGGGACAAUACGCUCUUUCUAUCAUGUGCAACGGCACGGUGAAUCAUUGCAUAAUAUAUGACACCGAACGAGGAUUUGGAUUUGCCGAACCCUACAAUAUUCAUGAAUCAUUGAAGCAUCUCGUUCUGCACUACGCUCAGAAUUCUCUGGAGGAACACAACGAAAGCUUAAAGACUACGCUGGUCUACCCAGUGUUCGCUUCGCCGACCGCCCUGAGUCGGCUUCAAGCACAAAUGCAGGUAUAAAGUCGUACGCUGUCGUCUCAACCGACCUUGUUACGGUAAACGUGGGAGGUGUAAACUAUGACUAUAAGAUAUCCAGUUGCGACAAACAUGUAUGGGACGUGAAACACACUGUUCGGUUUUUCUUUGCUGUGAUUGCCAAUGUCCGGUCAUGCCCGCAGACUUGAAUUUGCUUUACCCGAAACAAUUGCGUAUAAAAGUACUCGAAGCGACGGACCCGGCUACGGUCGUCGAAAUUUAACAGAACGACAAUCUGAACUAUUUUCCUUACGACCAUCCAACGACACUGAUCUGCGCCAGUUUUCACUUUUGUUAUAUUAACAAUAGCGCAGAAUUACACACCUUUCAAGUGCAGGGUAAUCUGCCCCCGGUAAAAUAUCAUAUGUACGUUGCGAAGCAAACUGAUUAUCUUUUAUUCAAAUUCGGCGAAAUUUUGAACCUGUAUGUAACUGAGCUGUUUGACAGUGUGUGCCGAAGUCCCGAAAUUGUGAUCCUUAGUUUAUCACAGCUUUAUCGAAUGCCCAAAGACUGUUGAAUUAUGGAGUAACGGUGUACGAGCGUACACAGAACUACUCGGUGUGAUCAAUAAACCCAAUUUGUUUAUUAGCGAAACAUAUUGACACGGCUGCCAAAAUGAUCGGAUGCCCUUCUUUUCAUUUUGUCCAAUUGUCAACUAUGCGCGCGUGUGUGUGUGUGCGUGCGUCCGUGUGUGCGUGCGUGUGUACCGAUCUUCGCGUAUCAAAAACUUGUCGGGUCAUGCAGACAACAAUAGUCCAUGGUGGACGAUAAGUUAGAUACCUAAGUAGGGUACGGUAUGAUUGACUAUAUAAAGAUGAAAUAUGUGAUGAAUAGCGUUGGAUACUAGGGAGCCCAAAACAUGAGGUCUUGCCAAAGGGUCGCAGGGCCCGUGCGGCUCAAGUCCGUGUGCCACCUCUGCUUUUCUUUUCUUUUUUCUUCUUUCUCAUCUGUAAACAAUAUGUUAGAUAUAUUUAUUACAUCUAACUCGUUCGUGCUCUAUCAUUCAAGAGAUGUCAAACUCGUUGGACGACUUAUGUUGGAGAAUUUUGUGACCACAGAGCGGUCGGUGGUCGUAAAAUUGUGCCAGCUAUAUACGAAUACGUAUGCAUAGGUAUAACGAGUUGAUUCUUUCAUUGCAUUUCACUCUGUUCACGGGCAUGGACUCAUAGUGUGUACAGUUGACGAGAGAUAUUUAUCUU